AUGGAAAGAAUAUCAAAAAUUUUCAGAGAAAGGGAAGAAAUUGAAAGAAUUCUAAUAAAUCAAAUACUUCAAAGAGAACAAGAUAUAAAAGAAGAAUACGAAAGAAGAAUAUUAGAAAGAAUUCAAAAAGAAAGAGAAGUAAAGAUAUGA